CCCGUCUCAAAUCCCCAAAUAGUAGCGGAGAGGGGAGGAGAGGGGCGUCGGACGAGCGAGCGAGCGAGCGGCUUCACCACGGCCACCGGCAUCGAGUGUGCGAGGGGAGACGCGAGGAGAGUGAGAGGUUUUGAGAGUGCUGUAGAAGAGGGAGAGAUAGAGAGACUGAGAUAUAGCAAUAAAAGAACCGUUCUUGAGGGAACUAAGAGUGAAAGAAAGGGAGAAUUGUGAUUAAGAGAGGGAGAGAGAGUUAGAGAUAGCGUCUCUCGCUCUACCUGAUCUGUGCGCUUGCGACCGUCAUCAUGGCUAACAAGCUCGUGGUUCUCGGAAUCCCCUGGGAUGUGGAUACGGAAGGGCUGAGACAGUACAUGAGCAAGUUUGGUCCUUUGGAUGAUUGUGUCGUCAUGAAGGAGCGUUCUACUGGUCGUUCUCGAGGUUUUGGCUAUGUAACUUUCUCAUCAGAGGAGGACGCUAAGAAUGCACUUGAAAGCGAGCAUGUUCUUGGUACCAGAACUCUUGAUGUGAAAGUGGCAACACCUAAGGAAGAAAUGAGAGGACCAUUGAAGAAAGCUACUCGAAUAUUUGUUGCAAGGAUACCACCCUCAGUAACAGAAGACUUGUUCCGAAGUUAUUUUGAAACUUAUGGAGUAAUAACAGAUCUGUUCAUGCCAAAGGAUCAAGGUUCAAAAGGGCAUCGGGGAAUUGGAUUUAUUACUUUUGAUAGUGCUGAUUCGGUGGAUUCCAUAAUGGCAGAGUCUCAUGAGCUUGAUGGUUCUACGGUAGUUGUUGACCGUGCUACUCCUAGGAACGAUGAUAUGAGAUAUCCAAGCAGAAUGGCACAAGGUGGAUAUGGUGCAUACAAUGCAUAUAUUUCAGCAGCAACUCGGUAUGCCGCUCUUGGUGCUCCAACACUGUAUGAUCACUUUGGUUCUGCAUAUGGAAGAGGAUAUUUUGGACCUUCGCGUGGGAUGGGCAGAAAGAUAUUUGUUGGCAGACUUCCCCAGGAUGCAAGUGCUGAAGAUCUGCGCGAGUACUUCGGCAAAUUUGGACAUAUCUUGGAUGUUUAUGUUCCAAAGGAUCCUAAAAGAAGUGGUCAUCGAGGCUUCGGUUUUGUGACGUUUGCUGAUGAUGGUGUAGUGGAUCGUGUCUCUCGCAGAACACAUGAAAUUCUUGGACAGGAGGUUGCCAUCGACUCAGCAGCACCACUUGAUGACGCUGGUCCCAGUGGAGGUUUCAUGGAUGCUGCUGAGGCUUACAGAGGGUACGGUCCUAUGAGAAACUAUGGCAGGCUCUAUGGUAGCCUGAAUUUCGACGAUUAUGGUUAUGGUGCCAGCGGGAGCAGCAGUAGUUCAAGAAUGAAUUUGAGGUACAGACCCUACUGAAAGAUGCACUCUUCCUCCUGGUGAUUACUUGUUUGUGAUAUUCCCAUGGGGCUAAAUACUCGAAUAGCUGAACUUGCAAGGAUAUGCUGUAUGAAGCUAUUCGGACACGGAUAGUCUCUUUAAAACAUUUGCUCACUGCUAUCAUCAAUCUAGGGGUGACACUGUAGCGCUCCAUCAUUUCCUUGUGUUCAUGCCAAUCUUUUGUGGAGCUGGAUUUGGGUAUGUUUCCCAUUCCUUGGGAUCUUACAAGUAGAUAUCAACUGACACUUUGUGGGUACUGUAAUACAAAGAUGAUCUUGGCAAUCUCGGUAGUAGUCUGUUCACAAAAUUAUGAAGUACGAGUAUUUAUGCGA